AGUUUAUUAACACGACACAUGUCGGUAAAGUAGUGCAAAUCAAACGUUAUAGAAAGAUUGCUGACGGUGACUAAUGAAAAAGCGAUCGAAAAAGUGUAGGUGAAAAUUAUAAAGCUAUAUAUUGCAAAUUAAUUACAAAAAAUACGCGUAAAAUAAUUUAGGAGAAAAACAAAUCAUCAGCGGUAAUAGUCGUGUGAAAAAAGUUUUUAAUAGUGCAUUAAAAAUAAAAAACCCAACCCAAAGCAAAGAGGUCAGCAGUGAGAGAAAAAAAAAGAAAGCAAGUACGCCAACGUCGACGAAGACAAGUGCAAGAAGAAUACGUAAAGGAGUGAACUAUAAGCAACAUAUUAAGAAGGGGCUAUAAAGCUUAUAUUUAAAUAAUGUCAUCCGGCGAGUUUGGUAAUCCCCUGCGCAAAUUUAAGCUUGUGUUUCUUGGCGAGCAGAGUGUCGGUAAGACUUCGCUGAUCACACGCUUCAUGUACGAUAGUUUCGACAAUACUUAUCAGGCGACAAUUGGUAUUGAUUUUCUUUCGAAAACCAUGUACCUUGAAGAUCGAACCGUACGACUGCAAUUAUGGGAUACUGCCGGUCAAGAACGAUUUCGCUCACUUAUCCCAUCAUACAUUCGUGAUUCUACUGUAGCGGUUGUUGUCUACGAUAUAACAAAUACAAAUUCUUUCCACCAAACAUCCAAAUGGAUUGAUGACGUUCGUACGGAACGAGGUAGUGACGUCAUAAUCAUGUUAGUGGGCAAUAAGACAGACUUAUCGGACAAACGACAGGUGUCCACCGAAGAGGGUGAACGCAAAGCAAAGGAACUGAAUGUGAUGUUUAUCGAGACGAGUGCGAAGGCCGGUUAUAAUGUAAAGCAGCUUUUUAGACGUGUAGCGGCUGCGUUGCCCGGAAUGGAUUCGACAGAAAAUAAACCCUCGGAAGAUAUGCAAGAGGUUGUGCUGAAGGAUUCACCAAAUGAAUCAAAGGACCCCGAGGGUGGAUGUGCCUGCUGAAGAAUCAACGAAUAUAGUGAACGAUUUAAUAAAUUAAUAAAAACAAUUAUAUAAUUAUAGCAGUCUAGAGCACUGAAUGAUAAUUUAACAGUAUGAUGACGAUGUAGAAAAGUAUAAAAAGGCUUAAGAAGAGGAACACAAUUUUAUGUUUAAGUUUAUUUAUAACGUAAAUAAAACUAAAAUCGAUUAACUGAAUAAUCAACUGAUCUUUAUGAUGGAGAUAGUAGGCGCAUAAAAGCAUUUAAUAUAUAUGAGUAAAUAUGAUAUCAUUAUAUUACAACUAGUACUGAAACGGUCUUAAGAACAAUUGCUAAACCCAAAGCUGAAAUUGUUAAGCGUGUUGUAGAAAAGAUCGGUUGGUAGUUGGUGGGAUUAACUGACAGUUGUGUGCAUAGGAAUAAAAAAAUAACAUUAAUAUAAAAAGAAGCAUUUAAAUAAUUGUGAAUCAUAAAAUUAUUUACAUACAUAUUUAUAUAGCUUAAAAUAUUGUGUAAUGAUCAUAAACAUGCCUGCUUACUUUAUAUUAUUUAAUAUAUAUAAUAUGCAAAUGCACCUGACACUUACUUACUGACGUUAUAAAAUUGUUAGAAAUUUAAAGAGCCGUAGCACUUUAAUACACCCACAUAAAGUGCAUUUGCUACUUCAAUAGACACAAUUUCGCCGAGUUUGUAUUUGUUAAAAAUUAUUUAACUUAUAUAAUUCAUGCACAGAAUCGCUUUAUGCUAAUUUAUAAAGACCAAGCACAUAAUUUGUACACUUCAAAUUUCCUUUUUUCAAUCAAUGAUUAAUUUGAAUUAUGUUAAGUCUCUCAAAUGUAACGUCUGUGUACUUAUUUGUUUAUAGUCAUUCUCAUAAUAUAUUUACAUAUAUAUAUAAUAUUUGAAACAGAUAAAUUAGAAUGAAACGAAAUGGUGUGCACAAAUGGAACGUAAAUAAUAUUUAGUUUUCUAUUAAGAAUCAACUAAAUUUGACAAGUUCUGCAAAGUGUUAACAAAAAAUGAAGCACACGAGCUUUAUUGCAUAAAAAAUAGCUAAUUUGUUUAUAUCGACGGUAUUAUUUAUGCAUAUUAUGUGAACUUGUAUGACCUGCAAAAUUUUUUACAAACAUACAUAGAUAUUUUAAAUAGAUGAACUUACAAACAUAACUUUUGAACUUAUUUAACAUUCCUGUUUAUUUGCAUGCAGGUGCAUUGUUUGUAUUAUUUAAUUUGUAUUGAUGUAAAUCAAAACAUUCAUAUCUUCUAAUACUCCAUUAAGUUCAUUUUCUUGGGCGUACACAUACAUAUUUAUAUUUCUUUUGAAAAAAUAAGUGAUGAAUUUUAUAUGUGCUAAUGUAAUGUUAUCUAUUGAAUUUCAAAGUUGCCACAACCAUAAAUUACAGAAUCCGCUUCGAUCUGCUCUUAAUAUAUAAAAGUUCAAUUUCGCAAAUAUUUACAUAAAAUGCUCAGUGCGUUCGGUACUCGAUUACUCAAAUAUUUUAAUAUGCGUAUCUGUCUUUUAUAUUCAUCGUCACAGGCCUAUCGCAAUUAAAAAUUAACAGUUAAAUUUAAUAUUUUUGGCUGCUUAGUAAUUAUUAAGUUAUCUUUUUUGAGAUGGCAGGAGAGAGUAAAAAAAUUACCAGACACUUAUUUAUCAGUACCUGCUGUUUGUUGCUAUUCAUAUUUUUUACUUCCUGUGUUCUUUAUAUAAGUUCUGCAAACUAUAUUUAGACUACUAAAAUGCAUUCGAAAACAAAAUGUAUCAAUAUGUAGGUUUGCUCACCGGCUACCAUUGUGUGUUCAAGCAUAUGAGGAUUAGAGAAAUGUCUCGCUUAAAAAUACAAAUAACAAAUUACACAUUACAUACCGACAGUCACAUUACUUUUAAAUACGCAUAUUCAGAACUAACACAACUAAAAAUUAAAAAAAAAAAGAAA